UUUCUACUUUUGUAGGCGGGGAAGUUCACAAUCUUUGAUUCUUUUCUCGAUUAACCCUUUUCUAUCCUUGGCUUAGUAAUUGUCUCUUUCCGGGUACUGAAGAACUGUGAAAAAUUGCUGCCCAGCAAAAUAUCAACACUCCAAAGUCACCGCUUGCCAUUUCAUGAUUUCAACCACCAACAUGUUGCCAACAGCCUGAGAGUCGGAAAUGUAUUGCGGAGAACAAACAAGAAAUACCUGGUCCCUUCUCAGUAAUAUUUCUCCGUCAUAAAUAGUGUAAACAAAUUUCUUCGUAUCGCCGGCGUUAGGGUUUUUCUUAUCGGAACAGCUCAAGAAUUUCCGGACGGGCGGUUCGCGCACCUGGGACGACGUAGAAGCAUAACCUGCGAGACGGAAUAGGUGUUUAUUCAGUAAGACGCUGCUGGCCUGGCAACUGGCAUGGUGUUUGAAACCUAAUUAGCUGCUGCAAAUAACAGAAGAAUCGGGCUAUUUAAAUUAAGACCAAAGCAAAGCUUCACUCAUGGCGGCUGAUUCUACAACUGAUGAUACCAGUGAAAACCAACAGUCUGGGGUGAAUGCUAUUGGUGCCUCUAAUAAGAGUAAUGAUGACAUAGGUUUGAACCAGCCUCCUCAGGUUAAUUUGACGGAUUUUCCUCAAUCCCAUGACAUACAAAAUGCGGAGGAAGUUAUAAAGGAGGAAGUCUUACUUCCAUGCGACCGUGGUGACAAUUCAGCUGAAAUCUUGGAGCAGGAACUAGGCAAACCUGAUAUCCAGAGUGUUGACGUCCAAAGCAAGGACCCAGCUGACCUUAUUGAGGAAAAUGAUGGUGUGCAUUCUCCUGGUGCUGCACGUGGCCCACUCCCAUGUGAUACUGAAACAAUUGACUUUGAAGGUCAGAGUCAGAAGAUUGAGGGAAAAGUUCUGGAUGGCCCCAACCAGGAUCAGAAUUCAGCGAUCCUGGACGAGAGACCUUUGGAGUUAGAAAUCAAACACGAGAAGGCUCAACAACAGAAAGAUGGGUUUACUGGUGCCGAGUCAUCAAUUACAACUGGGACCAAGGAGAUGGACAUGGAAAAGAGUUUGACAUGUGUACGGUCAUCUUCAGCGGUUGAACCUGAGGAAGCAAAGUUGAUCACUGGUUUGGAGUUGGUAACGGACGAUGAAACAACCAAGGGAUUUGGUAGUGCCUCAGCAGAGAUGGAGGUUGAACUGAACAAUGAGGUUGAGGGAGAAUUUGAAAAUCCACCCAAUGUACAACCUGACACUGAUAUGAAAACAGCUUCUAAUAUGCUUCUGCCAGAUAGAAAUGCUUUCCUUGGGAAUGAGUCAGAAACAGAGGAAAAUCAAGCAGCCUUUAUGAAAGAGUUGGAAGCUUUCCACAAAGAGAGGUUCUUGGAAUUCAAGCCACCAAAGUUCUAUGGAGAGCCAUUGAAUUGCCUCAAAUUAUGGAGAGCUGUAAUCAAACUUGGCGGCUAUGAACAGGUGACUGCUUGCAAGCUGUGGCGGCAAGUUGGAGAAUCUUUUAAUCCUCCAAAGACCUGUACGACAGUUUCCUGGACAUUUCGAGGUUUCUAUGAGAAGGCACUACUGGAGUAUGAAAAGCACAAAAUGCGCUGUGGUGAACUUCCUUUUACUGAUGCUUCCUUUGUAGAACCAUCCGGCGCUGGCAAUCAGGCAGGUACUAGUCAAUCAUCAGGAUCAGGAAGAGCAAGAAGGGAUGCUGCAGCUCGUGCUAUGCAGGGUUGGCACAGUCAGCGUCUCCUUGGCAAUGGAGAGGUUGGAGAUCCGAUUAUCAAGGACAAAAAUUUGGUUUCAACACCAAAGCGUGAAAAGCAGCUGAAAAGCGUUGGUCUGCUAAAACGUAAAAAGGCGUCUCCUGUUGAUCAUCCUCUCCAUGGUGCAAGCAUGAAAGUAUCAAAACCACAACUGGAUACGAUGGUGGUAGAUAUUGGUAACCCGGCCGACUGGGUGAAGAUUAAUGUACAGAGAACAAAAGACUGCUUUGAAGUAUAUGCUUUAGUUCCUGGGCUUUUGCGCGAGGAGGUGCGGGUGCAAUCUGAUCCUGCAGGCCGCUUAGUUAUAUCUGGUCAGCCAGAACAGCUGGAUAAUCCUUGGGGAGUCACUCCAUUCAAAAAGGUAGUCAGCUUACCAUCCAGGAUAGAUCCUCAUCAGACAUCUGCUGUGGUUACCUUACAUGGCCAGUUGUUUGUGCGAGUACCAUUUGAGCAGUCAGACACCUAGAAUGUGGAAAAGGUACAUUGAGCUCCAUUUGCUCUGUCUGGUUAUCUGAAGACAGAGAGAGAAGGAGAGAUUGUUGGGGGAAAUGGAGCUACGGAUGUCAAAUUUGCAAUGAAAGUUUGACUUUGUACUGCAAGCUCACAAUGAAGCUUAAAGUUUUUUUUUUUUUUUUUGUCUUAAGAAAAAAGAAAACACUUACUGCUGUUUAACGUAAGCUUUGCGGCUGAAUUAUCUUUUGUGUAGAUACUAUCUACUUACUGUAGGUUCAGUAUGCUUAACUUUUCCGACCCUUCUCUUUGCUGUCCGGUUCAUGUGGUUCCUUUAGUUGGACCUGUACAUUUUCGUUGCCAAACAUACAUGCUUGCUAUCAUUUUUCUUUGAA